AUGCCACUCUCAGACCUUUCGGUAGAUGAUGUCCAGGCCGCUGCGAAGGCCCAGGAGCUGCUCCAUCUCCAGAUGCUGGACGAGAUUGAGACUGGUCCACAGGGUAGCCGUCAUCACGCGCCUAACGCCGACGUAGACGAUGUGCUUGCCCGCCACUAUGAUGCUGAGGUUCCGCUGCCGCAUCGAACUCAAGGCACGGCCAUACAGGGCCACCUUGCGACGUCAGAGUAUAGCCUCAACCCUCUGCAGACAAGGGCCCUUCAACUGGUGUGCAGGUUCUUGGACACACACUCCGCACAUCCCGAUUCGGCGGGUCAACAUCUCCAGUACACCGGAGGCCCGGGUGGCACGGGCAAAUCUAGGGUCGUCGAGGCCCUGAAAUUGGUCUUUUCCGCAAGGGCACAGGCACAUCUUCUCCAGAUCACGGGAACCUCGGGGAGCGCAGCGGCACAGAUCGGUGGCACGACCUUGCAUUCCGCCUGCGGACUGGAUACCCGCCGCUCCGCCGACAAACGAAUCCCACUUUUCUCGGAGGCCAAGAAGUGGGUGUGGAAGCAGAAGCUGGUCCUUGUGAUCGACGAAGUUAGCAUUCUUGGAGGCACUACUCUGUACGAGGCCAGCUGUCGUCUCCAGUCGCUCCGCGACUGCCCAGAUAAGCCCUUUGGCGGUAUUCCUGCUGUUCUGUUGAUGGGUGACUUUUAUCAGUUCGCCCCGCUGAUCGACCGCUCCGAUAUUACCUUCAGUAACGGCUUGCGCGCCAUAACACCUCUUAACCGCAACCGAUGGAGCCUCAAUAUGGAAGCCGUUGUCGACUGGGCGCGCUUCAAUGAGAGGCACAUCUCCGUCUUCGUGUCAACCCACACUUGGAGAAGAGCCGGCCUGUCCCAAUAUGAGAUCGCACAGGCGAUCGAGCAAGGGGAUGACUCCAAAUGCAAAAUCCCAGGCAUCUUAUUCUACGCCCAGGGGAUGCCUGUUGUUGUCAACAAGAACUUAUACACUGGUUUGAAGGUUGUCAAUGGAGCAGAGUUUACUGCGGCAGACAUCAUCCCCAAUCCGAAACACCCAGGAUACCAUCUUGCGGACGACGUCACUAUACACUUCGGUCCACCGCUAGGCAUCUUAUUACAGUCAAGCGACACGGCGAGCUUGGCAGUCCCCGUCCUGCCAGCGGAGAUGGUGCUCGUCCGCCCUAUCUCGCACAUUCUCGAACCAACUGAUUCUCACUUCAAGUUCUUGUCGACGAAAUGCAUCCGACGGGGUCUGCCGGUUGUCCCGGCCCUUUUUCUCACCGAUUAUAUAUCUCAGUCGAAAACCUUUGCCAAGGUCCUCCUAGAGCUGCGGGGAAAUCGCGUGACCAAUGGCGAACCCUCCAAGUGCGAUUUUACCAGUCUCUACGUUCAGUUGCCCAGGGGUACGACCCUUCGAGGCAUUAAGCUUCUCAGCCCUGUGCGGCCCCAAGACUUCAUUGGGAACAAACUGGACCAGACUAUGGUAGAUGCGAUGCAGAGGCUCAAGAACCUGGCCUCGGAGACGAAACGGAUUUACGAGAGCCUGGGUUGUGAUGCAUCGGGCCAUGCCAUCUUGUGA